GUUGAUGUCAGAGGAGGGAGGAGAGAUCUAGCUCUGGAAGUGGAGUAUGUACGAGGAAUCCACAGUGGCUAACUGCAGUUAGACAUUCCGACAACCCUUAGUUUUUCGUCAUGCAGGGAUACAUACCGAAAUAGUUCUGUAGUGCAUAGGAGAAGAGCUGAUUGUAUAACGUUUUUAAACUGUUCAUCGCUCAAGCUAUUUUGGAGAACGCCAUACUCUGUCAAUUUGCUUAUGACAGUGAUGCAAUUACAAAAUCCAUGUAAUUUGAGUGUUUCAAAUGUUGGAUUUUAAACACUUUCGACUGUUUUGGAAACACAUUUUUUUUUAUUUAAGCAAAGCACAUCGGAGCGCCCAAAAAGAGAAGGGAGGGGGGCAAGAAAACGCCCUGUUGCUGAAUCUUCUUAAAAUUCUAACUUAAUCGCGGUGUGAAUCACAGAGAACAGUCAUAUGGAAUAUGGUACUAUAAAUGUCUAUCUUGAUUUGCGUUCAACUAAAUCUCCGGACUAAUUGGCAAGUUUGCGGUGCUGCGCUUCUCCGUUUAUGGUGGAUUAUAAUUUUUUUCUACAUUGUGGAUUCUACAAUUCCGAGGCGAUUAUAGAAGGAGGCUGCUAGGCCCACGGCCAUUGCCCAAGAACAAAAAGACUUUUCCCCAUGUAAACCCAAACAGUUCUCAUAAGGCUCGUCUUAUAUGUAAAAGAAACGGGCAUUUAUCAAUCGCAAAAAUGUCACUUGGUGCAGAGAGAAGGAUGGAAAACCGGUUGAAAAAGCUGGAGGCCAUGAUCAAAGAUCCAAGAUCUGCGAUAAACUUGGAAAGUUUACUCGAUUCUAUCAAUGCCUUCGUUCUAGAUCUAGACUACCCUGCCCUACGGAAAAACAAAAAUGUAGAAACCUUUUUAAACAGAUAUGAGAAGGUGAUGGGGCACCUACGGGACUUUCAGAUGAAGUCUGAGGACUUUGACAGGGUGAAGGUGAUCGGCAGAGGGGCGUUUGGGGAGGUUCAGCUGGUUCGACACAAAGCCUCUCAGAAAGUGUACGCCAUGAAGCUGCUGAGCAAGUUUGAGAUGAUAAAACGCUCAGACUCAGCCUUUUUCUGGGAGGAGAGGGAUAUUAUGGCCUUCGCCAACAGUCCCUGGGUUGUACAAUUGUGCUGUGCCUUCCAAGACGACCGUUACCUUUACAUGGUGAUGGAGUACAUGCCUGGAGGGGACCUGGUGAACCUCACCAGUACCUACGAUAUGCCUGAGAAGUGGGCCCGGUUCUACACGGCCGAGGUGGUCAUGGCACUGGAUGCCAUCCACUCCCUGGGUUUCAUCCACCGCGACGUCAAGCCUGACAACAUGCUCCUGGACCGCCACGGACACCUCAAACUGGCCGACUUCGGAACCUGCAUGAAGAUGGACUCUACUGGGAUGGUGCACUGUGACACAGCGGUUGGCACUCCAGACUACAUCUCUCCUGAGGUUCUAAAGUCGCAGGGUGGAGAUGGUUACUACGGACGGGAGUGUGACUGGUGGUCUGUAGGGGUCUUCAUCUUCGAGAUGCUAGUCGGUGACACACCAUUCUAUGCCGACUCCCUUGUUGGAACAUACAGCAAGAUCAUGGAUCACAAGAAUUCCCUCAACUUUCCAGAUGAUGUAGAGAUCUCCAAAGACGCCAAAAACCUCAUCUGUGCCUUCCUGACAGACAGGGAGGUGCGACUGGGCCGCAACGGGGUGGAGGAGAUCAAACGACACCCCUUUUUCAAGAAUGACCAAUGGAACUUCGACAGCAUCAGAAACACGGCGGCUCCUGUGGUUCCAGAGUUGAGCAGUGACAUUGACACUAGCAACUUUGAUGAGAUAGAAGAUGACAAGGGUGACGUGGAGACCUUCCCUACUCCUAAGGCUUUUGUGGGAAACCAGCUUCCUUUCGUCGGCUUCACAUACUUCAAGGAAGACCAGUUACUAAGCGGUGUGAAUAACUCUACAGUUGUGACCGUGAACUCAACAGCCUUAAAAGGAGAGUCGGCCAAGCUACAGAAGAAACUGCACCAGCUGGAAGAGCAGCUCAAUAAUGAGAUGCAGACCAAAGAUGAGCUGGAGCACAAGUGCAGAACUUCCACCAGUCGUCUAGAGAAAAUCUCCAAAGAACUUGAUGAAGAGACGAGUAGCAGAAAGGCUCUGGAGUCGAGUCUGAGGCAGCUGGAGAGAGAGAAGGCUCUACUGCAGCACAAGACUGUGGAGAGCCACCGCAAGGCCGAAAGCGAGGCCGACCGGAAACGCUGCCUGGAGAACGAGGUCAACAGCCUCCGAGACCAGCUGGACGAUAUGAAGAAAAGAAAUCAGAACUCGCACAUAUCCAACGAGAAGAACAUUCACUUACAAAGACAGCUGGACGAGGCCAAUGCUCUAUUGCGUGCGGAGCAGGAGGCGGCUACGCGGCUGAGGAAGGCCCAGACGGAGGCAGGCAAGCAGCUGCAGGCUCUGGAGGCCGGGGGCAGAGAGCUGCAGGACAAGUGCUGCCUGCUGGAGCGCUCCAAGCUCACUCUGGAGAAGGAGUGUAUCGGGCUGCAGGCAGCACUGGAGGCUGAGAGGAGAGAGCACAGCCAGGGUUCAGAGACCAUCGCAGACAUGCAGGGGCGAAUCUCAGGGCUGGAGGAUGAGGUUCGGCAGGUGAGACAAGCCCUAUCCAAAGCAGAGACAGAGAAGAGACUACUACAGGAGAAACUCACCGACCUGGAGAAGGAGAAGAGCAGCAAGGAGAUAGACAUGACGUACAAGCUGAAGGUGUUGCAGCAGGGGCUGGAGCAGGAGGAGGCGUCGCACAAAGCCACCAAGGCACGGCUCGCAGACAAGAGCAAGAUUGAGUCGAUCGAGGGUGCCAAGUCUGAGGCCAUGAAGGGUAAGGCCCUUCCUGAGUUAUCAGACAUGGAGCAGAAGCUUCAGGAGGAGAGGGCGUCCAAGCUGCGUGUGGAGAACAGGAUGUUGGAGCUGGAGAAACACAGCAGCAUGCUGGAUUGUGACUACAAGCAGUCCCUACAGAAACUGGAUGAGCUCCGCAGGCACAAGGAGAGGCUCACCGAGGAGGUGAAGAACCUGACUUUGAAGAUCGAGCAGGAGACCCAGAAGCGCAGUCUGACCCAGAAUGACCUGAAGGCCCAGAACCAGCAGCUCAACACCCUGAGGACCUCUGAGAAGCAGCUGAAACAGGAGGCUAACCACCUGCUGGAAAUCAGACGCAGCCUGGAGAAACAAAACCAGGAGCUACGCAAAGAAAGGCAGGACUCGGACGGCCAAAUGAAGGAACUUCAGGACCAGCUAGAGGCUGAGCAGUAUUUUUCGACGCUGUAUAAGACCCAGGUGCGGGAGUUGAAGGAGGAAUGCGAAGAGAAGAGCAAGCUCUACAAGGACAUGCAGCAAUCCCUUCAGGAGUUACAAGAGGAGAGGGACUCCCUGGCGGCGCAGCUGGAGAUCACGCUGACCAAGGCAGACUCGGAGCAGCUGGCUCGCUCCAUCGCUGAGGAGCAGUACUCCGACCUGGAGAAGGAGAAAAUCAUGAAGGAGCUGGAGCUCAAGGAGAUGAUGGCUCGGCACAAGCAGGAGCUGGUCGAGAAGGACAUUACCAUUGGCUCGCUGGAGGAGGCCAACCGAACCCUCACUAGCGAUGUGGCCAACUUAGCCAAUGAGAAAGAGGAGCUCAACAACAAACUCAAGGAGACACUUGAAGAGCUGCAGACGUCCAAGGAUGAUGAGCAGCAGAUGAGCCAGAUGAAGCUCACGUUUGAGAAGCAGCUCCAGUCAGAGAGAACACUGAAGACCCAGGCUGUGAACAAGCUGGCGGAGAUCAUGAACAGGAAGGAAGUACGUGCAGCAGGCAGUCGGCGCGGCAACGACACUGAUGUGCGCAGGAAGGAGAAGGAGAACAGGAAGUUGCAGCUGGAGCUGAGGUCAGAGAAGGAGAAACUCAACUCCACCAUCAUCAAGUACCAAAGAGAGAUCAACGACAUGCAGGCGCAAAUAGCAGAUGAGAGUCAGGUACGCAUCGAGCUGCAGAUGGCCCUGGACAGUAAGGACAGUGACAUAGAGCAGCUACAUAACCUCCUCAGCUCCGCCAACGUCUCCUCCCUAGAAUCAGCCAGCCUCAGCAGUGGACCAGACUUUGACGCGGAUGACGCCUACACAGAAAUGAGACUAGCGGGAUGGCUCUCGCUGCCUGUGAGGAACAACACCAAGAAGUUUGGAUGGGAGAGAAAGUAUGUGGUUGUGAGCAGCAAGAAGAUUCUGUUCUAUAACAGCGAACAGGACAAAGAGCUAUCCAACCCCUACAUGGUGCUGGAUAUUGAUAAACUCUUCCAUGUGCGGCCUGUCACUCAAACAGACGUUUACCGUGCUGAUGCCAAAGAGAUCCCCAGGAUAUUCCAGAUUCUGUAUGCCAAUGAGGGAGAGUGUAAGAAGGAGCCAGAGUUCCCAGUGGAGCUGGCCAGUGGAGAGAAGUCCAGCUACAUCUGCCACAAGGGCCACGAGUUCAUCCCUACGCUCUACCACUUCCCCACCAACUGUGAGGCGUGCACCAAGCCCCUGUGGAACAUGUUUAAGCCUCCGCCCGCCCUGGAGUGCAGGCGCUGCCACAUCAAGUGCCACAAGGACCACAUGGACAAGAAGGAGGAGAUCAUCGCGCCCUGCAGAGUGAACUAUGACGUGUCCACGGCCAAGAACCUGCUGCUGCUGGCCGUGUCUCAGGAGGAACAACAGAAGUGGGUGGGACGUCUGGUCAAGAAAAUCCCCAAGAAGCCCCCGGCCCCCGAGCACUUUGCCCGCUCCUCGCCCCGUUCCUCCAUGAAGGUCCAGCCCAGCCAGUCCAUGAGGCGGCCCAGCAGACAGCUGCCCUCCAGCAAGAGCAGUCCUCCUAGAUCACACGCCCCCAGGAUGCGACGAGAAGACUCCAAAAGUGGCCAUCGACACAAAUCAUGACUUACCUCUUCUUUAACCUUACUUGGGAAUGUGGUUCAGGAUCGAGGUGGUGGGUGUUUCCUCCUAACACGCAAUCAAAAGACUGAUAACAAACAAUGUUCCACUUGGCAUUUCCUCCUUGCACAACUUUGAUUCCACUUCACUCUUCCAGAAGACUUCUCUUCCCAUUUCCACCUUGAUAGUCCUAUAGUAUUUGGCCUUGUCGAAUUAUAAGUUAUGUCCAGUCACUUCAACUGCUAGUCACCCAUGAACGAUGUGCCAACACACCUACCUGUCGUCUGUGUGCAUAUGAAGAGCAACUUCUCUCCAGGUUCCUUUAGGAGAGGGGCGGUUGGAUUUCAAGGCCAUGGGAAGGGGUUUGGCUUUGGGCUUUGUGUAUCCCGAUGUUCACUCAACACAGAACAAUAGCCUCAAUUACGCCAAACAGAGGGUUGAAGCACUUACCUUGACAACACUUAACCAGAAAUCCUCAUUGGAAAGCAGAGAUCAAGAGAUAAGCAAUUUGAGGUGCUCUGCCAACCUGAAUGCUUGUGGCCGAGGCAAAGACAUUUUAAUAAUACAGUUUACAAUUACAAGCCAUCAUAAGUAUCUACUGCAGAACACUACGCCCACAAGAGAAUAAUACUGUAAACUGGUAGGUGGAUAGAGCUGAAGUUCAGAUGCUAACACUGACCUUAUAGCACUUCACCCUGGCAUUGCCUUAAUGUACUUACCACGCAGCAUGACAAUUAUUAGAGGGAAAUGUUUACUGCACCAGCUGAAUGCAAUGGUGCACCAUUAUGCAGCAUUAAUAUCAUAGCUUGACUCCUUCAUUGUUUGAAUGUACGUCUGGGCAAACCAGAGAUGAAACACAAGCGUUGUAUUACUUAGAAAUGAUGCUGUUUAUUUUCUAUUCAAAAUCUACUUGAUGACCCCUCCACCAUCUUCUGUGUGAUGUUGCAUGUGUUUUACGUUUUGCCCCUAAGGCCUCAGUGUUGUUGACUACAUGUCUUUCCUUUGGUGAAUGCACCCGUAGUAAGAAUGUUUUUUAUUCCUGUCAACAAGUGGGGGGAAAUCGAAAGUUUACUUAUUUUUGUUGAAAAAAAGAAGGAAAAGUUUCUGCAAAUGUAUUCACAAGCUGAAAGUAUUGAACAGUAACAUGCAAUAGAAGCUUUUUGAAUGUUUUUCUCCGAUAUUUUUGUAAAGAAUUCCUCUUUUGGCACGUUGUGUGUAUCUGGCUCAUAUUACAGAUGGAGAGUGAUGGUGUGCUUUGAGUGCUCUCCUUUAUCCAAGAAGCUUCUGAAAAGCACGUUUUAUACAUAUAAAUAUACACGGUAUAUAUUUUACAUGACGACAUACAGUGCACAUUGUAUUAUUUAUACUGCCUUGUCCACUUUGUAUUUAAAGGCGCAUCAUCCAGACUGCAUGUUUGAUAUUGCUAGAGUAAAGUUCAUGAUAACCUGUUGAACAAUAAAGAAAUGUAUGUGCCUUCUGGUUUAUCUAA